UGAUGAGUUUGCACGUACGGAGACAGGCCUCAGUAUUACUUGCUCAGACCGCGGAGAAGCGAGAAGCCCAGCCUUGCUCAGGGCGAUGGGCUCCCUAGUGGCGGCCGUCUGGAGAGCGCUCCAUCCUAGCACUCUCCUGCUCGGUGCCGUCGUCUUCCUGGUCCUUGCAAAUUUCUUCAGAAGACGACGGCUCCCAAAGAACUACCCGCCAGGGCCCAGGAGUGUGCCUUUCUUUGGGAACUUCUUCCAACUGGAUUUUAAGCAGCCGCAUCUGUCCCUUCAGAAGUAUGUGAAGAAAUAUGGGAAUAUUUUCAGCAUGGAAUUCGGUGCCUGGCCUACAGUUAUUGUAACUGGAUUGCCCUUAAUCAAAGAAGCCCUUAUCCACCAGGGCCACAAAUUUGUGGACCGCCCCAUAUCCCCUAUUCGAGAACGUAUCUUUAAGAAAAAUGGACUGGUCCUGUCCAAUGGCCAGAUAUGGAAGGAGCAAAGAAGGUUCACCCUGACAACACUAAGGAACUUUGGUUUAGGGAAGAGGAGCUUAGAGGAACGCAUACAGGAGGAGGUCUGUCACCUCGCCCAGGCAAUAAAGGAAGAGAACGGACAGCCUUUUAACCCUCACUUCAAGAUCAACAAUGCAAUUUCCAAUAUUAUUUGCUCCAUCACCUUUGGGAAACGCUUUGAGUACCAGGAUGAGCAGUUUCAAGAAAUGCUGAUGUUGCUGGAUGAGGUCAUACGUCUAGAGACAUCAGUGUGGGCCCAUCUCUAUACUACCUUUCCACGGAUAAUGCACUUCAUUCCUGGAAGCCACCAAGCGCUCUUCAGCAAAUGGGAGAAGCUAAAAUUGUUUAUUUCUCGCGAGAUUGAAAAGCACAAGAGAGAUUGGAAUCCUGAGGAAACAAGAGAUUUUAUCGAUGCAUACCUCGAGGAAAUAGAAAAGCAUACGGGUGAUGCUACUUCCACUUUCCAUGAGGAAAACCUCAUCUUCACCACCCUGGAUCUCUUCUUGGCUGGAACAGAGACAACUUCGACCACGCUGCGCUGGGCUCUGCUUUACAUGGCCUUCUACCCAGAGAUCCAAGAAAAAGUACAAGCUGAGAUUGAUGGAGUCCUUGGCCAGUCACAGGUGCCCAGCAUGACUUCCCGGGAGUUCAUGCCCUACACCAAUGCUGUCGUUCAUGAGGUGCAGAGAAUGGGAAAUAUCCUCCCCCUGAAUGUGCCCAGAGAAGCGACAGUUGAUGCCACCCUGGCUGGAUACGACCUACCCAAGGGCACCAUGCUUGUGACCAAUCUGACUGCACUGCACAGGGACCCCGCAGAGUGGACCACCCCUGACACAUUCAAUCCAGAGCAUUUUCUGGAGAAUGGACAGUUCAAGAAAAGGGAAGCCUUUCUGCCCUUUUCAAUAGGAAAGCGGGUGUGUCUUGGAGAACAGCUGGCCAAGGCUGAGCUGUUUAUUUUCUUCACCACUCUUUUGCAAAAAUUUACCUUUAAGGCCCCAGACAAUGAGAAGCUGAGCCUGGAUUUCAGAAUGGGCAUCACCAUCUCCCCAGUCAACUACCGCAUCUGUGCUAUUCCUCGGGCAUGAAGGUGGUAGGGAAGGAGAAGGGAAUGGGCAUGUUCCUCUGAAGUCUCGGCCCCCUGCUGUGGACCAGGGGAGCAGAGUGGAAGUGGCUCUGAGCAGAGUGUAGGAAAUGGAAUCAGAGGAAACUGGAUUCAAAUCCAGUUUUAUUGCCCCCAGUGUAGCCUUGAGCAAAUCAUGUAUCUCUGGAACACACCCCCAAUUAUAUUUCUAAAGUAAAACCAAUCACAUCAGGCCUUGAACUUGCUAAGUGUCUUCGA